AUGCUUUUGAUUCCUGAGAGGUCACAAACAUCCAACAUCAAUUUCAACAUCUGUGUGAGUGUGGAGUCCUUGCCCCCUUACCUUAGUGUGAGUGUGGAGUCCUUGCCCCCUUACCUUAGUGUGAGUGUGGAGUCCUUGCCCCCUUACCUUAGUGUGAGUGUGGAGUCCUUGCCCCCUUACCUUAGUGUGAGUGUGGAGUCCUUGCCCCCUUACCUUAGUGUGAGUGUGGAGUCCUUGCCCCCUUACCUUAGUGUGAGUGUGGAGUCCUUGCCCCCUUACCUUAGUGUGAGUGUGGAGUCCUUGCCCCCUUACCUUAGUGUGAGUGUGGAGUCCUUGCCCCCUUACCUUAGUGUGAGUGUGGAGUCCUUGCCCCCUUACCUUAGUGUGAGUGUGGAGUCCUUGCCCCCUUACCUUAGUGUGAGUGUGGAGUCCUUGCCCCCUUACCUUAGUGUGAGUGUGGAGUCCUUGCCCCCUUACCUUAGUGUGAGUGUGGAGUCCUUGCCCCCUUACCUUAGUGUGAGUGUGGAGUCCUUGCCCCCUUACCUUAGUGUGAGUGUGGAGUCCUUGCCCCCUUACCUUAGUGUGAGUGUGGAGUCCUUGCCCCCUUACCUUAGUGUGAGUGUGGAGUCCUUGCCCCCUUACCUUAGUGUGAGUGUGGAGUCCUUGCCCCCUUACCUUAGUGUGAGUGUGGAGUCCUUGCCCCCUUACCUUAGUGUGAGUGUUCAAAAGUUUUCCCAGCAGAAGCCUAUCCAUUAUCUCUACCGGGGCUCGCCUCCUUUAAGCGAGUAUGGAUACCCCAAUUCCGAGGUAUCCAGGGAUAUAUUUUUCUCGUCUCUCUUCGUGAGUGGUGAAGCACAGGUGCCACUAGCUUGA